AUGCGCUUCAUAUGGCUUCUUCAUAUGGCAGGUCGGCAGGCUUUGUUUUUUACCGCGCUGUUUUUUAUUUCUUUCGUGAUUCGUGAAAUUGCCAGUCAGCAGUGUCACGGAAUAUACUCCAUUCAUCAAAUGAUGCUUAAGGGCCAUACCUAUAAGACGUUCAAGACUACACCAGGUACGCCGGAAUGCAGAGACAUUUGUCUCGCUGAUGAAAGAUGUCAAAGCUUUAAUGUCGUCAUGUUCAUUGCAAUAUGUGAGUUAAACAACCGAACUAAAGAGGCCAGACCAGAGGACUUUGUCAAGGACGAGUACAGAUAUUACAUGGCGAAAGGUCCAAAACGAGGUAAUAGAACUUGCAAAAAUAAAAUAGCAGGGUGCUUACGUUUAUGGAUUUUGCAUUACUAGCUAGUGAUUUUUCUAACUUUUAUUCAGCCAAAGAGAAAUAUUUCCAUUUCAGUUCCCCUGGGAUCAAUGCGUGAGCUGCCUGCUGAAUCGUGCAAGGAAAUCAAGGCGAGUGAAGGAGAACAAGCAGUUAGCGGUAAUUAUUGGCUGGAUUCUACAAGAUCUGGAAACUCUAUUUUAGCUCGUUGCGACAUGAGGACAAAAGGUUAGAACAAAAAAUAUCUCAUGCCUAUUUGCCUUCGUGCCAAUGAAAGGCCUUCUCUUAAUCAGUUUUCUUUUUAACUAGUUGCAGACUAUUGUGUCAAGCACCAAUGCCAAAACGAUGCAAAGUGUGUGAACCGUGAAACCAACUACUCGUGCGCGUGUAACUCAUCUGGUUGGACAGGAAAACAUUGUGAAAAUGGUAUUUCUUUUGUUGAAAAGUUUCUACUAAAGUUCACGCUAAACAAAUUCGAUGAAGGAACGACAAUAAAUUAACAUAUGCUUAUCCAUAGAUAUCAAUGAAUGUCAGGAAGGCCUGCAUGGUUGUCAUGUAAAUGCCAUUUGUAACAACACUGAGGGCUCUUACAACUGUACAUGCAAACUGGGAAUUAUUGGAGACGGAAGAAACAGUUGCAAAGGUAAGGAUAGGGACAGAUAUUACAUGGAUACAUGUCGAAAGGUCCACAACGAGGUGGUAAAACUUGCGAAGGUUAAAUAGUUGUAACUCACUAAAGAGGUGAGAGAGAGGACAUUCAAUUUCUAGUUUAGUCCUCUAAUGAGAAUGUAAGUCUAAAAUUCACAUAAAAACGUUGCUCAGCAUUGUGAUACAUAUUUGAUAGAGAAAAGCUGUUAUACUACUUAUUUAAACGCAUUAAUGUUGCGAAAAUAAAUGGUAUGGGUCACCUGACGUUUAUGGAUUCUACGCUGCUUGUUAGUAAUGUUUAUUAUUCUUAUCCUUUUCAAUCAUCUAUCCAACAAUAAACACAGUUAAAGACAAGCCUUACCGUUUAUUUCAUUACUCUUAUUUAGAAUGUGGGCCUGUUGGUGUGACAGACGUAAAUACAAUCGCAGACGACAGAAUAACAGCGACCGAUUUUCACAAUAAAAAUUACUAUCCAUACUACGGCCGACUAAACGAAAUCAGGGGACACGGAGGGUGGUGUCCUCAGAGUAAACAUGACAGAACAGACUAUCUUCAAGUUGAUAUGGGCAAAGUGCGUUCUAUUUGUGGUGUGGCCACACAAGGACAAUUGAGAGCCGCUGGAUGGACCACCAGCUACAAACUACAAUUAUCUACAAACGGUACUACUUGGAACAUUUACAAGGAAACAAAUAUUGAAAGGGUAUGGAGAGAACUGAAUUGACAUUUUCAGCAAUUAACAAAUAAUUCUAAGUCAGUGCAAAUGAUUAGCCAACAGAAAUACACUUAGAUGCUGAAUUUGGAUGCUUAUCUCCCCUGGCUACUGCAGCAGAGAAUGUCGUCGGAGAUGAUAAGCUUGUAGCAUAACGGGUUUGCUUGAAAAUUCUGAAAGGCAUCUGAUGCGUCUUUUAUAAAAUGGUUCAAAAGACUUAGGAAGAAGUAGUUUGUCUAUUCUUGCGUGUAUUGCGUGAGGUCGAAGAGAUUUAGAAAUUAGUCGAGCAUUGUACUGCUAAGACUUUUCCAUCCAGGAUAUAUUAACUAAAGACAUUUCUCAUGACGUAGUUUUCCAGAUUUCGUGAGACAGGAAGUCUCCGUUCCGUCUCUCUUUCUGUCCCUAACUUUGUUUUUAUCAUGGGUUCAUUUGAUUUUCUUUUGUUUUUGUUUAUUUUGCUUUCGCAAAUCAAGAUGGUAACAUAAUAUGUGCACGCUGCAAACAAAAGCUUAAAUAUCAGCAACAUUUACAUUUGGGAAAAGACUCAACAACAGCCUUCUUGCGGCUGAAUAAAGGAAAAUAUCAUAUAACCUUGACCAUCUACUUCUGGCUAUUGGAGGAUGAGUAGUAAAAACGUCCAUAAUAUAAAAAAAAAAAAGGUGAAAAAAGUGACAGAAAAACGAACUCCGUUUAGAAAGCUCGGGCCGCAAUGCAAUAGAAAACAAAAUUGCGUUAAAGAUGUGAGCAGUCAAGACCUGUUCAAAUGCCCCCCGUAUCUCCCCCUUCCCCCCUUCUAGCGCCUCCUUACCAGGUAUAUAGAAUUGGUGCACCAUACAAAGUUGUUCAAUUUUUUUGUUUCUCUGGUUUGCUUUUUUCCAGGUGUUCACAGGAAACUCAGAUCGGACCAGUGUCGUAAAGCAUUCACUCACAACUGACUUCAAAGCGAGAUACGUUCGGUUUUAUCCUGUAACAUACCAUAAUUGCCCAUGUUUGAGGGUUGAAAUAUUUGAGCUUAAGUAAUGCGUUAAAGGGUUCGUAUAUGUGUAGUCAUUCAUCAACACAAAAACAGGAGAAAAGGUAUAUAUACAGAUUUGACAAUAGGAAAUUUAAACAUUAGCAAGUAGCUGAUUAACAAACUAAUCAUUUAUUAGGGAAGGAUCAAGAAUUUUUCGUGGGAGUGGGUGCACCACAAAGGAACCACCCACCUGACGUCUCCUCUGACGAACAGAAGAGCUGGUCCUCGAAAAUUCAGUGCCAACUUACCAUUUUAACCGCUUUAACAUUAAGUACCAAGGAUCUGUUUUUUUAAGCACUUGCUAACAUUAAUGGCUGAAUCCACCAGAGAGGUCUUCAUACCUCUCUGGUAUUUGAUUUAAAAAAGGAAAUAGUGCCAAUUUGAAUUGUUAGACAGGCACGGCUGUAAUCUUAUCUAAUUAAGAAAAAAAUUAAAGUUGGAACAAACUACAGUAAUUCAACUUCUAUGAUUUGUGUGUGGGUGUGUGUGUGUGUGUGUUACUACGCCUUUUUUCUCAAAUUCCAGUCAAACCACAACAGCUUCAAUGGAAAACAACCGGCAAGUUCGAUCGUCGAUGCAAAACCUGAUCGGCGGUCAUUCAUAUUCUGACAAAACCCCUUUCCCCCAUCCCCCGUAAGGUAGAUUUUUCAUUUCCCAAAUAGUUAGUAGAAUAGGGUCCGCAGUCGUUUCCAUCUCACGGUAGCCCUUACGUUGCGCUACUCGUUGCUUCGCUAAGGAAGCAAAAUAUCACCCCUUUUUCUUUCUUAUCACGGGAUAUGGUAGAUUUCCUUAGAUUAAAAAAGUGUAAGUUUCGACUAGAUUCAAAAGUGUGCGUCUCACGAAACGUUUUGAUAAACAUUAACCUUAAUUCUUGUGAUAGCAACUUCUCGACUCCAUCGGCAAACCACAAGAUUACAGUAUAGUUUUGACAGAUUAAGGGAAUAAGUGAUUAAAAGGCAACUACUAAACAUUAAGCUUAUUAUGCUAGAUGAAAAAGUCAUGGUUUAAACCAAGAGCGUCUUUAAAUUCCCUAUAAUGUACACUAGUGGUGAUUGGUUGGUUGAAAGUAUCUGAAAAAUCUUUGCGAAGAGAUUUCAACGUAGAGCAAUAUCCUGUAAAAUUUCAGCCCACUAUAAUUGGAUAUAUAUGUUUAUAAACCCGGCCUCCGAUGGAAGCAUCUGAAAUUUUUCUGGGACAAGAUUUCAACAUCGAGCAAUAUCCUGCAGAAUUUUUGCUCAUUAGAAUUGGUUAUUUGUUGUUGUUGUUUUUUUUUUAACCACGGCCUUAAUAAACUAUAGCUUGCACAGCUUUUAGGACAAACAUUUAGAUUAUUGCAACGGGUUGAUUAUGAAUUUAUUCGUUGGGCUGUUGUUUCAAUUUUGUUUUUUUCCAGUUUUUCUCAUUACUUAACUCAAACCUUAAAGUUAUUAACUAAGUAUCAGCAGACAAUUGCCCAUUGAAUUUCCUAUCGGUUUCCCUACUUCACUGAUACAUUAGAAUUACUAUUUACUACGAUUUUAUUCUCGACAGACACCGGCAACGGGUUAUCAGCUAAGCCAAGUUUGAAAUAACCUGCGGCAGCGAACAAUUAAAAAACGUUCGGUGGAGUAUAACAGAGAGUUUUCAAAAAAUAAUACGAGGUGUAGCUGAACUGGUUUAUUUCUCUUUGCUUUACUUCAAGUGUUCCAAGGAAACUCAGAUCAAUGUAG